AUGGACGUGUCACCACGAGCCAAGCCAAGAGAGGACAAGCCAAGAGAGGACAAGACAAGAGAGGACAAGACAAGAGAGGACAAGACAAGAGAGGACAAGACAAGAGAGGACAAGACAGACCCCAUGGAGCAGGAACAGGAAGUCUUCCACGCCCGGGAGCCUCUGCUGACGCUCGCGGCCGGCGUCGCCUCGCAUUGGGCGUACUUUGGGCGUGGGGAGCACUUCUCGCAUCCCUGGCGCUACGUGCUGCUCCUCGCUAUCUGCGCACCCUGCGUGGCCGUGGCCGUGACGAGGCUUCGCCAUGUCUCCCCCUCCGGUCCUGAGCUGGCGCUGCUGUCCGGCCAGCUGGCGGGUCUCUACAUGGCGGGCGUCUUUGGGAGCGUCAUCGUGUACCGCCUCCUCCUCAACCCGCUCAACCGCUUCCCCGGCCCGUACCUGGCACGGCUGUCCAAGGGCUACCUCGUCUACCUCAACUGGCGCUCGGGGCUGCGCGGCCACCGUGUGCUGUGGCGCCUGCACGAGACGUACGGGCCCUACGUGCGCCUGGGCCCCAACGACCUGUCCGUCGUGGACCCGGACGGGAUGCGCGUCGUGCUGGGGCCCGGCUCGCAGUGCCGCAAGUCGGCCUGGUACGGGCAGGAUGCGCCCUACAUCUCGACCAACACGACCCGCGACAGGGCCGCCCACGACCGUCGCCGCCGCCUGCUCACGCCCUCCUUCAGCGACGCCGCCCUGCGCGGGUACAUGGUGCGCGCCCAGCGGUACAACGACCAGCUGCUGGCGCAGCUCGAGGCGUCGGCCGGCCAGCCCCUGGACGUGACCAAGUGGUUUGGCCUGCACGGCUUCGACCUCAUGGGCGACCUCGUCUUCAACCAGCCCUUUGACAUGCUGCAGCACGGCGAGGCCCACGAGGCCAUCCAGGUCCUGGGCGCGGGCCUCUAUCCCCAGGGCUUCGCCUUUCCGCCCUGGCUCUACCGCGUCUUCGCGACGCUGCCUGGCGUGGGCGCGGGCUACCGCCGCUUCGUCGCCUUUACGGCCGACCAACUCACCCGUCGCAUGGGCGAGCAGGGCAAGACGACGUACGCCGACAUGAUGCAGCCGCUCAUCGCGCACUACCAGGCGCUGUCGCCCCCGGACCAGCAGCACGCCAUGCUGCCCAUGCUGCAGGGCGACGCGCGGAUGCUCAUCGUCGCCGGCAGCGACACCACCUCGACGACGCUCAUCCACCUCUUCUACCGCCUCUGUGCCGAGCGCGGCCUUGUCAGCCGCCUGCGCCAGGAGCUAGGGCCCCUGGUCGGGGAUGCGGAUCCCAUCGAGUACGGACACGUUGCAGGCGCCGAGCUCCUGCACGCCUGCAUCAACGAGACGCUGCGUAUGCAUUAUCCGGCUCCUUCGGGCUUCUUCCGCAAGACACCCCCCGGCGGCAUCGCCAUCGGCCAGGUCCACGUCCCGGGCGACACGGUCGUGCAGCUGCCCCCGUAUGUGAUGGGCUUGGACGACGAUAUCUACGAGCGCAGUGGCGACUUUGUGCCCGAGCGCUGGUACAGCCGCCCCGAGAUGGUCAAGCACCCCGACGCCUUCAUGCCCUUCCUCGCCGGGUCCGAGUCGUGCAUUGGCCGACGGCUGGCGUACAUGCAGCUGGCCACCCUCACGGCGCAGAUCAUCACGCAGUUUGACGUGGCCCUGGCCCCGGGCGAGGACGGUACGCGCCUGCUCGAGGGGUCCCUCGACCUGGCCAUGAUGCACCCCGAGUCGCUGCACCUGGUCUUUACAAGGAGGGGGGCCCCAGAGGGCCCCAGAGGGAACACGGGGAAGCGAGGUAUAGUAUAG